UGGCAAUCCCUGUGAAAAAGAGUGAUCCGGUGGAUCUGUGCAGGCCGUUACGCAAGUUCGUAGCCAUAAAAUAUUGAGAGAGCGAUGCACAGAAAGUGGAAAGCAUUCUCGAAACCCUAAACAAAUGCCGCAGGGACAUGGAGCGAGGGGACCUCUCCCUUCCCAUGCAACGUGACUGCCUCAUCCACUACUUCAAAUGUCUCUGCAUGGUUGAGCCACUCUUCACCGCUAUCUCCUCCGACGCCGACGUCGACUCCGACUCCGACCCGAUCAUCUUUGUCUGGUACGACGCCUUCAACCCUGAGCAUGAGAAUGGGGUCUCCUCGCAGCGCAACAGCAUCCAAUUGGAGAAGGCUGCUGUUCUCUUCAACCUUGGCGCCAUAUACAGCCAGAUUGGGGCCUCUUGCGACCGCACCACCGCCCUUGGCCGUCACCUUGCAAUGGAAAUGCCGCCGCCAAAUUCUUCUUCAAACUCUGGAAGGAUUUUGCCAAGGACGUCUCCGCCACUAUUGACGUGACUCUCCUCUUCGCCGAGAGUCUGCACCGCCUCUUCUCCGCUCAGGCUUCGGAGCUCAAAUUGCAGCAACAAUUCCACCACAACAACACAAUGACGACGCCAGUUCCGCUCUCCAACAACAUCAAUGUGCCGUCGUUUCGUUUGAAUCGGUUUCUAAGCUUUAUCGGAUGGCAUGUGAUCUGAUACUACGUGAUUCGGCUGCAACCGCACAUGUCAUCUCAUUUGACGAAACCUGGAUAACUCAUCUUUCCCGGAAGGUGAAAUUCUUUGAGGUGGAGGCUUGUCAGAGGCGAUCAUCCAUCCUACCGAAAUCCGAGCGACCUACAACCCAUUGGUCCAGUCUUGUCCUCUUGAUCAUGAUGCAGAGUCUUGUCCUCUUUCGAUGCAGAUUCUGUCAAUGAAAACAUCUAUAGAAUGACUUGCAAUUCCUUGGGCAUGCUUAUACCCAAGCAACAUAGAAUCCCAUACCUUGACCUCCUCCUCUCUGAGUACAGCUCUUUUAAGAUUAUUGAGGAUGGAAAGCUAGUGGCCAACCCGUGGAACAUGCCUCCUCCUUAUCCAACAAAUUCGGCCAUCCUCUCAGCUUCGUCUUUGUCAAAUAUGCUGUCAAUCCCUUUGAAGAAGAGUGAGCCCUUGGACCUCUAUGAGCCCCUUCACAGUUAUGUUGCCCUUAAAUACUCGGAAAGCGAGGCAAAGAGAGUACAAGACCUUUUCAAAAUGCUACGUAAAUUGCGCAAUGAAAUGCAGCGUGAUGACCUCUCUCUACCCAUUCGCCGUGACUGCUUAAUCUACUAUUUCAAAUUCCUUUGCAUGGUUGAGCCUUUGUUCCCCAUGACUAACUCACCCAAUCCACCUAUCUUUGUUUGGUACAAUGCCUUCAACCCACAAGACAACUCUUCUCAGCACAACAUCCAUUUGGAAAAAGCCUCUGUUCUCUUCAACUUGCGAGCAAUCUGCACCCACAUUACUGUCUCCUGCGAUCUCACCACCGACCAAGGCCAUCGCCUUGCAGUGAGGGCCUUAAAUGAUGCCUCAUACUGGUUCUUCGUACUGUGGAAGUUUGAGGCAGAGAAGGCAUCUGCCACCAUUGACUUGUCAGUAAACUGGGUCGAGCUGCUUCACAAGAUAAUAACCGCUCAGAUUGCCGACUUGAAAAGGAAUUAUCCUCAUUCCUGUUCCUAUUCCCAUGGAUUCUCAUUACCUGCAUAUCCGGUUAGUCGUUAUCGGAAAGCUUAUGAUAUGUCGACAAUUGGGCCUUUAGCUGAGAAUCUUGUUCAAUCCUCAAUACCUCAAUUUCUUCAGUCGAAGCUCAAGGCCUUCCAUGUUAAAACUCGUUCCAUUGAUGUCACUGAACAAUUUCUUUCGGGGUAUUGUGAGGCUCAAUCCCUGCUUCAAGAGGCGUAUCAAACAUCAUGCUUGGACCUUUUCUCCGAGGUUGGCUCUUUCAAGAUUAAGGAUGGAAAUCUUGUGCCCAACCUUAGAGGCAGUAAUGUUGCCAUUGGGGGAGAUGAGCUCGCCGGAGAGCGGAGACCACCACCGCAGUAACAUUACCAUAGAGAAAAAACUAAACAAGCCUUAGUAGUUUUUUAUUUUCUUUUUUAUGUUGGAUGUUGGAAUUUUAUUCGUUGAUGCUAGAACUCUGUUUGUGAAUAUAUAUUAUCCUUGUAAUUUUGUUUGUUGAUGUGUGAAUUUAUUGGUUCUUAUUCCUCACCAAUUUUUAUGCCUCUGAUCUCGUAGCC